CAUAGCUUCCAGUUCGUCAUCACUGUAUACGCAUGUGUUAAACUCUUCGCGUAAAUCCACAACAACAAGGCACUAUCAAUUAUCACCCUGAACUAGGAGUCGAUCGCCGAUCGUCUCUCUACCGGUGGUAUAUAAACGUUAACCCCCAGUCGAGGUGCAUCAUUCAGUAUUCAGUUCUGCAGCAACAGUGUUCCAGUGACAUACAAAAGCCCAAAGGAUAUAAGCUUGUUAUCUACACACACAACACAUCUAUUCUAUCAUCAUGCAGAAGAAUACAAUUUGGAAUGCGGCUGUGCUGCUUGUGCUCUACCUCACCCUAGUCUUCUGCGAGGAAACAGAGGAAAGCGCUGAUCCUCCGGCCGCCUUGGAUAACCAAACGGAGAGCUGGGAGAAUCUAGGCCGGGAACUGAUGGAAUUCGAGGGACGCACCCGUCGGCAUCGUGACCACAUGUUUUUGUACCGCCAUCUCUGUCGGUGGGACAUUGCUUACUUUAUCAAGGUGAAAGUGGUGAUCGUUUCGUUCUUCGUUGGAAGCGCUAUUUACUUGGGUCUGCGCUACUUCUGGCCCCAUGCCAAAUGCAACCAGGAGAUCAUCCUGGAUCAUCCUCCUGCGUCGUACAGUCAUCACGAUCACAUUCCCUACUCCCUCGAUCACAAUCAUUCGGAGCACUACGAUGCGCCGACAUCCUUUGACUCCAGCUCUGGAUCUAGCUUUGAACCAUACUCCGGUUACAGCAGCUAUGCCGCCUCGGACAUAGUCUCUGAUGUCCAUGGCGACUCUCAUAGUGACGCUCCGACGGCUCCUUCCGAUCUGCAUCGUCGUGGUAAGCGCAGUGCUGCUGAGCAGCCGGAAAUUGAGAUUGAGGAUGAUGACCAGGAACAAGAAGAGGUAGAAAUUGUGGACGAGGAGAUUUCCGAGAGUGUGGCCCGUCAAAUGUCCGCUGAAGAGCAGAUUGCGGACUUCAUGUUCGCCUUCUUGGGCCUCGACUCCAAGGCCUGUCGCCGUCGCUUCGUCUGCGAAAUGGAGUUCCGAUCAAAGCUGAACCCCUUGACCAGCAUGGCCUUCCGCAUUGUGGGACGCGGCUUUUUCGAGAAGUAUACCAAUUCGCGCCAUCCCGACGCCAGGGCCAACAGCUUCAGCGAAUGCGCGGCCGUGAAUCCCGAGUGCAUAUUCGUCGAGACUGGCGAGCCUUCAGAAGCCGAGGGCCAGCAGGAAGAGGAGCAGGCGGCCACCGAGGAGCCCAGCAGCUUGGACUCCCAGAACGAGAUCAACCUGCAGGCUGAGCGGCAAAAUGCCAAGCUGCGCAACCGCCGCGGCGAUCGUAUGCUGAGCUCCAUUGCCGAGCACAUUCUGACGCAGUAGUCCGGAUCGUAGA